AGCUGUCCGAUAAAAAAACAAUUAUCUUCAUGGUUAUUAUCUUUGCUAGAACAGUAGGCAUUGACAUAGUAUUGAACAAGAAUAGCCAUGAGCUAAUUUGAAAGCUGAUGCACUGUGAAAGGAGCGCAGUUUUGAUUGUAAUACUACAAGUGACGUUCACUUUGGUUAAUGUUGUGAGUUCACAGUCAACAGAGCCGGAAAAACAAGGAAGUGCCGGAGUCAGACGACGAAGAGAAUGGCGCUCCGGACAUCUGGGAAUCGACUGUGGUGCUUUCAGAGGGAGUGUUUGAAGGCCCUCUCCGUCCAAAGACUCGGUGUUGUCAGAUUCAAAAGAACCUGUCCAGUUGAGGUGAGCCACUUGGAUCAUUUGGUCCUCACAGUGAAAAGCGUGCCGGACACCGUCAGCUUUUACACCACAGUCCUCGGCAUGGAGGUCAUCACUUUCAAGGGAAACCGUAAGGCUCUUGGAUUCGGACAGCAGAAGUUUAACCUUCACCAGCUGGGUCGGGAGUUUGAGCCCAAAGCCAAGCAGCCGACCUCAGGCUCUGCAGACCUGUGCCUCAUCACCAAAACCCCUCUGGCUACAGUAGCUGCACAUCUCAAGGUCUGUGGGGUUGAGAUAGAGGAGGGCCCAGUGGAGCGGAGUGGAGCUGUGGGGGCCAUCACCUCUCUUUACUUCAGAGAUCCAGACCACAACCUCAUCGAAGUGUCAAACUAUAACCAGUCACCAGAGGGGUCUUCUUGAGUUUUCUUUCACCUUGUUUGAGCACUUAAAUGCAUCCAGUCAUUGCAACAGCCCUUCCUGUUGCACCCACUUUGCACAGUUAGAGUUUUACCUAAGAAGAUUUAGGUCCAAAAUUACUGUAAUUCGCCCAUGGUAGAUAACAUCACUUGGCUGUGCAGAGAGUGUUUCUGUGAAGUUCUGCUGACCAGCGGUUGCUAUUUUAAUGAUGCGAGAAAAGGCUGUGGAGCUUUAUGACCAAAUGGGUACUCAUGAUUUUUUUUUUUUAAACUCUGUGUGGAGAAAUGAAACACAUGUGAGAAUAACUGCAGCUUCAGUGGAAAAUAAAAGGUUCCUGCGUGUA